AUGUCUGACGACCACGAGCCUCGCCCUCUAGCACCGGGCUUUGUGCGCGAUGCCUCCCCUGGGGGUGGUGAUGCACACCCUACCUUGAUGGGCCCCCAUGACGCCACAUCUCAGGAGCACUUGGACAAUCACCACAGGGACAUGACGAGACCUCCUCUCAUACCACAGGAAAUCUACGAUAGGCUUAUGAACGACCCCAUGCGUACCAAGGCCAACAUCACCGCGCUUCCCGCAUCCUUCGCCAAAGCCGACGAGAAGCUGCUCAGCUCGGGCGUGCACUCCGAUGCCAAGGUGAUUGCAAACGGCAAGGUGUACCAGGUGCACAAGAGCAUCCUAUGCACCCGCAGCAAGUGGUUUCGGGCUGCUCUUGAGGGCGGUUUCUGCGAGGGUAACGACAGCAUUGUCAACAUCUCUGACCCAGAGGAUAACAUCGACCGACUGCUCGAGUUCAUCUACACUGGCGCAGUGGACCUCAAGGAGUGUGAGGAGACCGAGGUCAUGGCUGCUGCCAACGAGAUCGCAGCCCUUGGUGACUUCUACCAGGUCGACCAGAUGAACAAGUAUGCCGAGCAGAUCUUGGGCCACUACCUGGAAACCUCAAACGCAAUCAACUGGGACGACGGCGCUUCUGAACUGCCUCGCCAGUACUGGACCCCCGACACACUCAGACUGUGCAAGGACUUCAACACCUGCAAGGCCAACUACAGGCUCAUCAAGCAGGCCGGCUUCGUUGACCGCCUGUGCGAGGCCAUCCGUGGCGCCUACGCCAAGCGGUCAGGCAUCCAGCAUGUCUACGUCGCCUUCGUCUGUGCUGCGCGGCCCGUGACCUUCACGUGCGCCCUGAUCCGGGAGCUGAGGCUGGAGCUGCCCGAGUUUGGGGAGGACCUGCUGACGGCGAUGAUGGACGGCCUGAAGUGCCCUGCCCUCGCUGGCAACCCGGUGUUUUCGAGGUGGAGUAACACCAUCUACGUCGAGCCUGGCAAGCCCACGCUGUCAACGAAAGCGAUCAAUCAGAUCCGUGAGGUCCGAAGGUCCCAUGAGCGCCAUGAGCUCCUCAACCUCCGCGGGCUCCGUGAGCUUCGUGAGCACCGUGAGCUCCGUGAGCAGCGUGAGCUCCGUGAGCACCGUGAGCACCGUGGUCAGCAAUGA